ACCAACAACAAAAAAAAAAAAAACCAUAUUUGCCUGAUAAGUUAUCUGCCAUCCUUAAAAUCUCCAAUUAGCAAUGGCCUUGAAGUCUACCAAACCUCAUUUCGUAUUGAUACCCUUUAUGUGCCAAGGGCACCUUCUUCCCUUGAUAGACAUAGGCAGGCUAUUGGCUGACCGUAAUGUAAUCGUUACUAUAAUUACCACACCUCAGAAUGCUGCUCGUUUUAGUGCAGGUGUCAAUCGCGACAUUGGAUCCAAGCUAUCCAUCUCAGUUCGUGAACUUCGAUUCCCGGCUGCAGAAGCCGGUUUGCCAGAUGGGUGUGAAACAGUCGACAAUCUCCCUUCCAUGGACCUCAUGAGCAACUUCCAUUCUGCAAUGAGCAUGCUGCAGGUGCCACUGGAGAAGCUAUUACGUGAGCUAAAGCCUUGUCCAAACUGCAUAAUACAUGAUAAGCACUUCACUUGGAUGGGUGAAAUCGCCUCCAAGCUUCAGAUUCCAAGGAUUUUAUUUGAUGGAAAAAGCUGUUUCACUCACUUGUGCAGUCAUAACAUAAGCACUUCCAAGGUCCAUGAAUGUGUCUCCGAAGGAGAGCCUUUUGCUGUGCCGGGACUGCCCGAUCAAAUCGAAUUCACUAUAGGGCAGUUACCUGGAAACCUCAAUCCAAGAUCAAACAUGAAAGAGCUUAGUAAGAAGAUAAUAGCAGCUGAAGAAGGAGCUUACGGAUCAAUAGUAAACAGCUUCGAGGAGUUGGAAGCCGAAUAUGCGAAAUCAUAUCAAAAGAUCAAAGAACAUAAAGUGUGGUGCGUAGGUCCUGCGUCAUUAUGCAACAAGGAUAACAUUGAUAAAGCUAAAAGAGGUAACGAGGCUCUAACAGAUGAAAACCAAUGCUUGAAAUGGCUUGAUUCCUGGCCUGCAAGCUCAGUAAUCUAUGUUUGCUUUGGAAGCCUCAACCGUUUAACACCUCCUCAGUUAAUGGAACUGGGUUUAGCCUUGGAAGCAUCAAAUAAACCCUUCAUUUGGGUUAUUAGAGGAGGAUAUAAAAGAGAAGAAAUGGAAAAAUGGUUAGCCGAAGAUGGAUUCGAAGAAAGGGUAAAAGGAAGAGGCCUUUUGAUAAGAGGAUGGGCACCGCAACUGUUAAUUUUAUCACACCCCUCCGUUGGAGGAUUUUUGACACACUGUGGGUGGAAUUCCACACUUGAAGGAAUCAGUUGUGGGGUGCCAAUGAUAACAUGGCCCUUGUUUGCCGAGCAGUUCUUUAACGAGAAGCACCUUGUGCAAGUACUGAAAGUUGGUGUUAGAGUUGGGGUGGAAUUUGUGGUGCAUAUGGGGGAGGAAGAUAAAUAUGGGGUGCUGGUGAAGAGUGAAGAUAUUAAAAAAGCUGUUGAGAGUUUAAUGGAUGAAGGAAAGGAAGGAGAAGAGAGAAGGGAAAGGGCAAGAAACCUAGCUGAGAUGGCGAAGAAAGCUGUUGAAGAAGGAGGCUCUUCUUAUCUUAACAUUGCACUACUGAUUGAAGAUAUCAAGCAACAGGAAACCAUAGCUGGUCCAGAUGUAGCAUGAGACCAGAAGGUCUCAAAUUCAUUAGUAACUUGUUCAUUUACAAUGAUUCAAAAUCUUGAUGUAUUUCCAAUAAAGAAGGUCUAAUUAUAUUGCCCUGCUAUUGUCUUUCUGUUCAUUUUUAAGUUCAAACUUAGUCAACAAUAUAUGUUAUUCGGAUUUGGUUAUCGGAUGGAGGUUUCCAAAAGGUUUCCAAAUCUGCAAGUUCAAGCACGACCACUGACCGAUGAAUGGAGAAGCCAUCUGUUAGCCACAGAAGGGUUGAAGAACGGGGAACAAAGAUUUAUGAGAAACGGAGUAACUGGAUAUGCAGAAGAGGCAGUGGAAAGAGACCGGCGGGGGGUGGUGUUGCCAGAAUGAGAUUCCUUUGCUCCGAUGUAGUAAUCUGAAGGAGGAGAGAU